CCCACCAACAACAUGGAUCAUUGCAGUCCACCUGCUGCGCCUUGCAGUCAAGAUUAUUCUAUCUUAUUCUAAGGUAUCUAUGAAAGGUCUCUAGAACAUUGCACUGUUUUAGAGUUAACCAGGAUCCUCGAUGAAACCAUUAAGUGAAUAGCGAGCAUCAGAAGAAAAGCGCUGGGGAGAUGCCAAGUGAGGAGGAGGCGAGAACAGCACCUGGAAACAGUGUGAAUGUGAACGCAGCACCUACAAGAGAGAGUUCAGGACAGCAGAACGGGUCUUCUCGCGAUGCCGUCAGCCCCGUAUCCCAGUCCCAACCUGAGCAUCAGCCUCCAUCCUCUCUAUCCCCAGCACCUGCUCUGCCUCCCAGAGAACAGUGGGGUGGCAAAUAUGAAUUUCUUCUUUCCUGUAUUGGCUACUGUGUUGGCCUGGGAAAUGUCUGGAGGUUCCCCUACCUCUGCUACCGAAAUGGAGGAGGUGUGUUUCUCAUCCCGUACUUCAUCAUGCUUUUCUUCACUGGAAUGCCUCUCUUCCUCAUGGAGCUCAGCCUGGGCCAGUAUGGAGCUGCAGGUCCCAUUACCGUCUGGAAGUGCUGUCCGCUCCUCAAAGGGAUUGGCAUAGGGAUGCUGUGUGUGUCCAUUCUUGUGUGUCUCUAUUACAAUGUCAUUAUCGCUUGGACAUUCUACUACCUGGGCAGCUCUUUCCAGAGCCCUCUUCCCUGGUCAUGUGAUGCUCUUCAUAACAUUGCCUUUUGUGGAAACAAAACUAAUGUCACCCAAAGUCCCUCUGAGGUCUUCUGGAAUGUAAAGGUUCUGGGUGUGGUGAACAGUGAAGGGCUGCAUGAUCCCGGUCCAGUGCGUUGGCCUCUCGCUCUCUGUUUGCUGGCGGCCUGGGUGGUCAUUUUUCUCUGCAUGCUCAAGGGCAUUCGCAGCUCCGGCAAGGUGGUGUAUGUGACUGCCACCUUCCCCUAUUUAGUGCUGGUGGUCCUCAUCAUCAGAGGGGCCACCCUUGAGGGCUCCUUAAACGGUGUCGCCUUUUACCUCACCCCAAACUGGGUCAAUUUGGCUGAUGCACAGGUGUGGAAUGAUGCUGCGUCGCAGAUCUUUUAUUCUUUGGGUAUUGGUGUUGGUGGCCUCCUGUCAAUGGCGUCUUACAAUAAAUUUGACAAUAACGUCAUCAGGGAUACUCUGAUUAUCACAAUAGGGAACUGCGCUACCAGUUUUUUUGCUGGCUUUGCCAUUUUCUCUAUCCUGGGUCAUAUGGCUUGGAGGAAGGGAGUGCCCGUGGGUCAGGUGGCAGACACAGGUCCUGGUCUGGCGUUUGUUGCCUACCCAGAAGCCCUUGCUCUUCUCCCUGGAUCAGUGUUUUGGUCCAUUCUAUUUUUUCUCAUGCUCUUUAUGCUGGGAGUGGACACACUGUUUGGUAACAUGGAGGGCAUCUGUACAGCAGUGAUGGAUGAGUUUCCGCAGCUCAGAUCCAAUCUGAAGCACAAGACGCUGUUCCUGGCGCUGCUCUGUUUCGCCUUCUAUCUGAUGGGCCUGCUGCUUAUCACUGAUGGUGGGAUAUACUGGUUCACGCUCAUAGACUCCUUCAGCACUAGCUUUGGUCUCAUCAUCAUUACUCUCUUCAUGUGCAUUGGCAUCUCAUUCUUCUAUGGGGUGAACCAGUUCUGUCAGGACAUUGUGGACAUGAUCUGUCACUGCCCGCCCUGGUGCACAAAACUGCUGUGGUACUUUAAAGCCUGCUGGGUGGUUUUCACUCCCUUCCUGCUAACAUUCAUCCUGACCUACAUUUUCAUCGAGAUGUACCGUACGUCUCUGACCUACGGCUCGUACGUGUUUCCGAUCUGGGGCAAAGCGCUGGGCGUGUGUAUGGGUGCCUUCUGCUGUCUGCAGAUUCUCAUCUGGGCCAUUGUGGCUGUCUGUAAAGAGUCUGGCACACUUAAAGAUCGCUUUAAGAAAUCCAUCCGUCCCCUCAACUCCUGGCGCGUUAACAACAUAAACACGGCCUCACAGGAGCAGCACGUGGAGCCCCAGAGAAUAGAGGGACCCUUCACGGUUAACCUGACUGACGAAGAUUUCACCGCCAUGAACUGGGAGGCCAUAAGCGAGGCGUAACACUGCCCCAAGUGUUAGGAGGCUGAACUGCACCCUCUCAAAAUGACACGUACUGGUGAGGACUUCUGUCUAGAGACGAGUUCCCCUGGACUGAAAGGAUGCUACCGACUUGUAGGACAUUUAUUAGUUUAAUUUAUGAUGAUGUUGCUCAUUUGAAAUAGCACUGGGCCGAAGCCAGAGACUGAGAAACGGAAAAGACAUUUGGUAUCUCUGGUUGAAUACUUGAUGUCUUAAUGAUUCCAUUUCAUGCCAUUCACCUCGUCUUUUCAUCAAAGAGUUUAAAGACUUAUUUUAUAAGGUAACAGACUGAGUAGUCGUGAUACAGUGAAAUUUACAUUAUAUACAAGAACCAGGUCAAAUACAAAAAAUACAAAGACAAUGCCUUUAAGAGAUCUACAGCAAAACUGAACAUAUUAUUUAAAAUAACUGUUCUCAAGAAAAGAAAAUGUAGUCCAAGAGGCAUUGUAAACUCUCUUUAGAAUGUUUAAAUGUACAAAAUAAUUACCAUUUUUAUAACUUUUUGAAAUGCCACACAUACAGCAAAUAAAAUCAAAAUGUUUUCAUAAUUUGUUCUCAGCAAAAGCUGUUUUAUCUGUUGACCAAGGGCAGAUUCAGCUCAUUUCAGUGCUCUUCCUUAUGACAGAGGAGGCUCUGAAACUGGUUUGUUUAUUCAGAGCACCAUGGGAACAGUAGUAAACCUGCUCUUGUUGGGACUUUGUUGUGCUGGACACUAACUCAUUGAGCUGUCUGGAUUUAGAUGUUUUCUCUCAGAGUACACGAAUACCUGCCUUUUAAUGUUCUGCUCCAUUACAGUACAUGCAAACAAACCUUCAGGAUUUAUUACAGUAAAUACACAGAAGAAAUAUGAAUCAAGUUCACUGGUUUUCAGCUUACCCCGGAUGAACAAUUCAAGAAUUGUGGGGAUAUAUAUACACUGAAUGUGCUGAGUUGGGUCUGCAUACUGCGUUGGCGUAUAUUUCAUUGUGGUUUUUUGCGAACAAUUAGGGCUUAGCUACUUCCUGCGAUGGUUUCAAAAAGACGUUUGCAGGUUUAUCACCAGAUCCAUGACG